CCCCGUUUUUGGCAUUAUAAAAGCUGUGAACCGUCGAGGAUUCAGUAUCAAAUCGAUACAAGAUGUUGUCUAGAGUGUUGGUAGUUGCAGUCAUCUGCUUCGCAGCAGCCCAAUCUCUCACGAUCGUGAGCAGAAGCGAAUGGGGUGCGAAACCAGCAAAGGGAAGCACCACUUUACCAACGAACCCACCAUCCCACGUGGUCAUCCAUCACGCUUCCAGUCCGAGCUGUUACAGCAAAGCCGAUUGCAUCAAAAGAGUGAAAUCUUUCCAGGAUUAUCAUAUGGGACCAGACAAGAACUACGUUGAUAUUGGCUACAACUUUGUCGUUGGUGAAGAUGGUAACGUUUACGAAGGUCGCGGCUGGGGAAAGCAAGGAGCUCACGCCAAACCAUUGAACAACAAGAGCAUCGGAAUCUGCGUUGCUGGAACUUUCAACGGUGCUGCCCCCAAUGCCGCCGCUCAAAAGGCCGUCAAGGAUUUGAUCGCUUACGGUGUUGCCAACGGAAAGAUCCAAAAGAACUACAAAUUGGCCGGACAUCGUCAAGUUGACAACACUGACUGUCCCGGAACAGCCUUCUUCAACGUCAUCAAGGGAUGGCCACAGUGGACCGCCAGUCCUUAAAUCUAUGACCUGUACUUAAUUAAUUACUUUAAAACAUAAUACCAAAAUAAAAACGCAUUGAAAAAAAA